AUGCCAGGUGUCGAUCGUGAAAUUGCGGAACAUCAUAUCCCUCUUUACCUAAAAAGCAAGCCGAAGCAACAGAAACUGCGGAGGAUGAAGCCCGAAAUGAGUCUUAAAGUCAAGGAAGAAAUCCAGAAACAACUCGACGCCAACUUCAUAAAACCAAUUAAGCAUACGGGGUGGUUGGCUAACGUGGUGGUUGUACCUAAAAAAGAUGGAAGAGUCCGAGUUUGCAUCGACUUUAGAGAUCUUAAUUCUUCAUCACCAAAAGAUUAUUUUCCCCUUCCUCACAUUGAUGUUUUAGUGGAUAGAUACAAUCAAAUACUCAUGUCAGCAAAUGACAUGCCCAAGACAUCGUUUAUCACUCCUUGGGGAACCUUCUGUUAUAGAGAGAUGCCAUUUGGUUUGAAAAAUGCAGGAGCCACUUAUCAACGAGCUGCGACAACAAUACUGCACGAUCUUAUCCAUAACACUGUUGAAGUCUAUGUCGAUGACAUGAUCGUCAAAAGCCACGAUCGAGGAAAUCACGUGGAAGCAUUGAAUUCUUUCUUUGACCGAAUAAGGAAGUACAACCUAAGAUUGAACCCGCAUAAAUGUAUGUUUGGUGUAACGUCGGGAAAACUUUUGGGAUUUGUAGUAAGCCAAGACGGCAUCAAAGUAGACUCCGGCAAGUCUGUGAAAGGAAGAGCCAUAUCCGAGGCAUUGGAUGACGGGCCCAUAUCAGGCGACGAAUUUAAGGAUGAUUUUCCUGACGACAACAUAUUCACCAUCAAUGUAUCAAAAUGGAAAAUGUACUUUGAUGGGGCAUCCAAUAGAAAAGGAAACGGCGCUGGAGUAUUGUUGAUAGAUCCCCAUGGGAUACACAUACCUUUUGCUGUGAAACUCAGUUUCCCAACAACAAAUAAUACAGCCGAAUAUGAAGCUUGUAUCUAUGGAAUCAAAGCAGCCCUAGCAGCAGGGGCAAAACAUCUCACUAUGUAUGGUGAUUCAAAUCUUAUCAUAUCCCAGACGAUUGGGGCAUGGAGAGUUCGGGAUGAAAGGUUGCAAAUGUAUAGUGAUUAUGUACAACAAUUCAUCCCAUACUUUGACAAUAUUGAUUUCAAGCAUCUUCCUCGUGAGAAAAAUAACUUUACAGAUGCUUUAGCUAAUUUAGCAGUAAAUUUAACUUGGGAAGAGAAUGUGAAAAUCCAAUCAGUGACGAUCGUGGAAAAUGAAUCUCCCGUGAUUGAAUUUGAAAACAUGAUUGUCUCGCUAAUACAAGAAGAUGAAGGAGAUCCUUGGUAUAUCGAUAUAAAGAAAUUUUUAAUCGACGGACAAUAA